AUGACUAUGCAAUUUCCACCAUGGCGACACGACUCGGAAUUGGCCAUGGUCCGGGACUGGUUCUUUCCCGCGAAGACGAAACAGGAAUUAUAUUCUACAGCCGAAUCCCCAACUCCGCAAGACCUGAGGCGGCGUGCUAUUGACAGGGUCAAUCUCUGGUUGUUCAAGGCUGGCCAACUUCCUUCAGCGCUGGUAGCCACGGCGAGCUUAACGGAUGCUUUGAUUCACGAUGAACAAAGGAGGUCACUAUCUGGCACGGGCAUCUCGGACCUGGCCAUGCAGAGCAUAUAUGCCAUGGCGUUUGCGAGGUUCGUCAAUGGAUUUGUUGACCGUGAUGUCGCACGUUCGUCUGCUGCCGAAAUGGCUCGAGAUGAUAGUCCCGAGCGAGGGGAAGUGACCCAAUUCUCUGCAAGUGCUACCAAAGGGGAAAGCUCCAUGUAUGCUUACGCCGCCAUGAUCGGGAUGCCACAGACAUUUGUUGAUCUCCGCCAUCAAGUCACACACGCUGACAUCCCCAAUAUGACGUAUAUGAGAAAAAUGACAGAGCAGGCUCUGGACUGGAUGUGGGAGAGGUGGUGGAUCAAAAAUGUGACUGGCACCCCCGAACGAGCGAUGAGAGAGCUGGAGGAAAGACGACGCAUAUCACGAGACGCCAGAGACGCCACAGAGCUGAGCAAAAGGGAUCCAAGUAGGUCCGUGCCUCAAACUGAUUCUGAUUGCGACUAUCAGGUUUCUCCAAUGAAGACAGCAUGGGGAUUGAGCAACACAGCAGAAAAUGAUCCUGAUGUUCCGGCCUCAGCUAGAACUAGAAAUACAAUGAAGCGCAAAUCUGCAGCUUUAGAGGAUGGGGAUUAG